AUGACUAUGAAACAGACGAUCUAUGAAUCUAUGCUUCUUGGGUCCAAUGUCAGAGCAAUUGCAUACAUGGAUGUACUUCCAUCUGUUGAAUGGAUUCAAAAGAGAAUGCAAGUUAUUGAAAAUUCGUAUCCGGUUAUCAAGUACAAAGUAGAAAACGGAGAAAUAACAAGAAAAGGAGAAUACGAAAUCCAUAAUGCAAAGGAUGAUGGCAAUAGCAUUGAAGAAUUCGUUUCAAAUUGUCUCACAAAUAUGACUCCAAAGUCAAACUUUGAAAUAUUCUUAGUACAACAUGGAAAUUCCAAAUCUGGUGCUAUUAUGGCAUCCUGCAAUCAUGCAUUUACAGAUGGUCGCCACAUGUUGAACUUUAUGGCUGAUUUUCUUUCCGAACAAACAGAAUUUCCAGUCAUUCCGCAUCCAAAUAUACCAGAACUGAUCAAAGAUGUUGUCAGAUCACAACAAACUCUUGAUUUCUCAAAGCAAAUUUCUGUUCCAAACAAUCCAUCGCCGAAGAACAUUCCUCCGAAGUAUGCCGCUAAAUGUACAUCGUUUGACAUUCAAAAUGUCUUAAAAGUUUGCAAAUCUCUUGGAAUUAAGCUUCAAGCUUUCUUUUCUGUUUCAGAUAUUUACGCAAUCGCGAAAACAUUAAAGGCAAAAGAUCCAUUUGAGAUUGGAAACCAAGUUUCUGCAAAUGUUAACUCAUAUUUAGGAAUUCCAGAAAAUUCUCCAAUUUUGGCAAGCUCUUUGAUCUAUACUCUAUCAAAGAUCGAUAGAUCUACAAAAGCAGGAGCUUUAAUGAAGGAAAUCCAAACAAAAAUCGAUAAUAACAUGUCCAAAAACGUAUUAAACCAUUUUGCAUGCCUAACAGAUGGAAAAUUCAAUGUUUUGAACCCAUUAUCAUUGAUAUCUAAUGUCGGAAUGCGUAAAACUCCUUAUAAUAUUCGGGUUCACGGUGGAAUGUUCGAAGUUCCAGCAGUUAUGAGUAAUCUCAGAAGAUUUACAUCUCAUGUUGUUACAACAAACAAUAUAGGUCAUAUUACUCAGACUUAUUUAGUUCCUGGAUGCGAAGAUGAGUUCAUCAACACACUUAAUAGUCAUUUAAUGGACAUGCUUAACAACCCAGAAGAUGCAAUAGAACGUAGCAUCCUUUAA